AUGACCACCAUCAAGACAACCGCCAACAACUUCAUCAGCCGGAACGGAACCAGCUCCCCCUCCGAGAAGACGGCCCGCUCCUCCUUCUCCUCGGUCCGCGAGGACGAUGACGGCCUAGCUCAGACUUUUACCCGCUCCAAGGUCUCGUCCUACAUAAACGAUGUCGACGUCUUUGAUGAGGCUCAGUCCCCCGUCAACGGCCUGCCCGCUCAGCAGGCCGCCGCCAUCUUUCAGCCGCCCCUGACCAGGCCGCACAGCCAGCUCCAUGGAGGCUUCUGGCUGCCCGCGACCAGCUUCCGCGGUUGGAGGGAGAUCCCCCUGAAGGGGAAGAAGGCCAGCAGCAGCUCCGAGAACCUGCGUGGCCUCUUCAUGUCGUGGAGCCCUCCGCGUACUCCUGACGACGAGGACGUCAGGAAGCCUCGUGUCACUUCUCGCCCUCCUGGAGAGUCCCUUCUUGAGUCUCUACCCACCGAGGUCCUCGGCGACAUCAUCGACCGCCUCGUCGUCGAGCUCCCUCCCAACGGAUUGACCACGCGCAACGCCGACCUCAUGUCGCUGCUCACCACGUCGCGCACCAUCCACUCCACCACCCUCAACACGCUCUACCGCCGCAUCACCAUCCCGCACUCGCGCAUAUUCCGCAAGUUCCUCAACACCAUCACCGAGUACCCUUCGCUGGCCUCCAUCGUCCGCCGCCUCGACUUCAGCCACUUCAACCCGUCCACCAUGUUCUCCAGCGCUAGCGAGAGGGCUCAGGCGCGCAACCUGACGGCCGAGACCUUGUCCCAGUGCCUGGAGCUGACGCCCUUCCUGCAGGAGUUCCUGGCGCAGGAGUACCUGGACGAGGAGCUGAGCCCCGAGGUGCUGCGCAAGCUCUUCUUCGACCUGCCCCACCUGCAGGCCCUCGACUUCUGCGCCUGCUCCACCGCCAUAUUCAGGAACUCGUUCAAGACCUUCAUCGACGAGAGCAUGUGGCCCGAGACGCUGCAGAUCAAACGCCUCUCCUUCCACAAGUGCCUGGGCCUCCCCUCGGCCGUGUACGAGACCAUCCUGCCCCGCCUCACGCGCAUCACCCACCUCGACGUGGCGGGCACCCGCGUCACCGACCGCGCCCUGGCCUCCAUCCCCACGACGGCCCGCAUCACCCACCUCAACCUGGCCAAGUGCCGCGAGCUCUCGGGCGAAGCCGUCGUCAACUUCCUCACCACCCACCCGGCCGUCAAGGACAGCCUGGCCUUCCUCAGCCUGGCCGCCGACGCGAGCACCCACCUCCUCCUCGGCAAGGAGGACAUCGAGCACCUCCUCCCCCGACUCCCGCCCACCCUGCGCUCCCUGAGCCUCAAGGGCAGCCGCAUGGAGCCCUCGCACGUCGAGCUCCUGCAGCCCCUCAUCCUGACCCUCGAGGAGCUGGCCCUCGGCCGCGGCCUCGAGCUCGGAGACAUCCACGACCUCUUCUACCAGAGCAACAGCGAUGCCGACGACGACGACGACGGAGGCGAGAAGCGGUCCAAGCCCCACAACCUGCACUACCUGGACAUCACCGACAUCGAGGCCCGCCUGGGCAGCGCGAGCGACCUCCUCGCCGCCGACACUGCACCCCUGCAGGUUAUCGAGAUCGAGGAGCGCGCCUACGAGCGCGCGGCCAAGACCAAGAAGAACCUCGAGCUCGUCGGCUGGUCCCCCACCGAGUUCGGCAGCAGGUACUGGCUCGUCCGACGCAGCGACGACGGCUCCACCAGCCCCGACAAUGGCAGCCGCUGGUGGAAGAUGGGCGCCGAGAGCUGGGGCAUGCGCAAGAUUCCCGUCGCAGUCGCCGAGGUUGGUGGCAUGUACGGCUCUUUCAUGUUUGGACGACGACUAUGA